UAGAAAAAAAAUAUCAAAUUGUUACUCUUCAAAGAGAGAGUCAUGUUGAUUUCAAUUCCAUUGUUUGUUUUUUUUUGAAACCUUUUCUUAUUUACUAAGCAAAAGGAAACUGAAGAGAGCGAUGAAGAAAUGGUUAUCGCUAGUAAUGAUGACGAAGAAAAUCUAAUGAAUGUUCAAAGCCAUACUAAAACUGAGUAUAAAGAAUGCAGAAAGAAUCACGCUUUCAAAAUUGGAUGCUACGCCAUUGAUGGUUGUUGCGAGUUUUUGCCGGCAGGAACUGAAGGUACUGUCGAAUUUUUCAAAUGUGCUGCUUGUGGCUGUCAUAGAAAUUUUCACCGUAAAGAAACUAUUGUUGUUACUGUAGAGCAGGCUUUAUCCCCUCUUAACAUCAACCGUUUUCCUCAACCGACUCCCAUUUCAACCGUUUUUCAAACUUCGACUGGUUACGUUCAUGUUAAUGGGCCGCCGAGGGGAGCCAUUAUUUAUCCUGCUUUGCCUUCUGCCGUUGUGCAUGGUAGAGAGCACUUGUCGAGGGAGAAGAUUGAAGAUAAUGUUUGUGUUGUUGAAUCCAUCAAUGGUGACGGAGAAGGAUCGUCAAACUCAAAGAAGAGGUUCAGGACUAAAUUUACUCAUGAACAAAGAAAAAAGAUGUUUGAUUUUGCAGUGAAAUCGGGUUGGAAGAUUCCUAAGAAAGAUGAGAAUCUUGUGGAGGAAUUUUGUAAUGAAAUUGGGGUGAAAUGUCAAAUUUUGAAGGUCUGGAUGAAUAAUAACAAAUACACCCUAGGGGAAAGGCACUAAAUAAUAAUAAUAAUAAUAAUAAUAAUAAUAAUAAUAAUAAUAAUAAUAAUAAUAAUAAUAAUAAUAAUAAUAAUAAUAAUAAUAAUAAAUAUGAUUUUAUGUUCUUAUUUCAAUAUUUUCUAUUGUUUUUGAAGAUUUACUAACUAUAAAAGUAUUUUAUCUAGGGAUGUUAGGAUUACCUAUGUAAUUGUUUCUUCAUUUGAAAUGUGAGGCUAUGGGGAAAUGUUUUCUUUUUCAUUUUUCAUGUUUCAUUUGGAAAAAAUAAUAUUAAUGAAUUAUGUUUUAAGUUA